AUGAGCGGCAACGAGCCACCGUUGCAUUUCCUCUCCGCAGGUGAGCUGCAGCGGAAGCUAGAGGCUGGCGAUACGACCAGCGUGAAGCUGGUGAGCCAUUUCCUGGACCAGAUUGAACGACAUAAUUGGCAGGGUCGGAAGCUCAAUGCCGUUACUGCGACACUGCCGCGGGAGCUGGCCAUGGCUCGGGCUACGGAGCUGGAUGAAGAACGGCUCAAUGGGAAUGUGAGGGGACCGCUCCAUGGCAUCCCGAUUAUCAUCAAGGACACUGUUGUGACAGACGAGGCGCUGGGCAUGCCGACGAGUGCGGGGACAGCCGUCUUGGCGAUAAUGAAGGCAAGAGAGAAUGCAACCAUCGUGGAUAGAAUGCGUGAGGCUGGCCUCAUCAUCCUUGGCAAGGGGAACAUGACAGAGUUCUGUGGAAUGAAGUCCAAGGACACGCCGGUUGGAUGGAGCGCGUUUAAAGGUCAAACGCUCUCAGCGUACCGUCGCAAGGACCUGGCCGAGGAAGACCAGCCGGUCUCGGGUGGCUCGUCUUCUGGGCCAGCGGCGAGCGUCUCCGCCGGUUUUGCGCCCCUGGGGAUCGGCACGGAGACAACGGGCUCGACGGUGCUGCCGGCGAGCACUAACGGCAUAUACGCGCUUAAGUUGAGCUACGGCACGGUACCGACUCACGGAAUCUUCAAGCUGAGCAGGAGUUUUGAUUGCGUUGGGGUUAUGGCCCGCGAUCCGGUGGACCUUGCGCCUCUGGCGUCCGUUCUCCUGUCUGGCAGCGGCGAUGAUGGCCCACAAGCUGGAAAUAUGCAGGCAGACUCUAAGGGGUUUUCACUGCAUCAAGGAGUGAGAGACGGGAUUGAGAAGGGGUUUGAGGGUAUGGGAAUCGGGGUGAUGGCUCCUGCGUGGGGAGUGCACGAGUCGAUUCGCAAGGGCAAAUGGGACCAUCCUGAUGUCAUUGGCAAGUAUGAGGGCGCGGUCGAGAAGAUGAAGUCCCUCGGCGCGAAGACAGUAUAUCCCCUUCAGGUCCCAGAGGCAGACGACGUCUUGAAGUACAGAGACCAAUCACUCGUUACUGCGGCGUACCAUGAGUUCCCGCACAACGUUGAUGAGUUUAUCGCGUGCUUUCAUGGGAAUGAUGAGAUCAGAAACCUUCAAGACAUCGUUGGCUGGAACGAGAGGAACAGCGACAUUGCCAUGCCAGAGCCACACACGGGCCAGACCGAGCUCAUCGCAGCGCUCAAUUCGACUCUCUCACCCGACGAGCAUGCCGCCACCGUCGCCCACCUGCGUCGCGUGGCUGAGCAAGAGACCAUGGGGAAGGCGAUGCAAGACGCAGAUGUGGACAUUGUGCUAUCUGCCUCGGACGCGCAGCUUGUUACCUUUGCUGCGUGCGCGGGGUGGCCGACGGCAGCAGUGCCGCUGGGGCGGUGGACGGCGCGGAACGGCCAGCCGUAUGGCAUGUUUGCGCUGGCCAGAGGCGGAAGAGAGGACGUGCUGCUGCGGUUCAUGGUGGCCUGGAAGGGCAGCAUCGGUGGCGUUGAGCGGCCUGACAUGGAUGGCUGGGAGUGA